AUGGCGUCUACAACCAGCUACGACUACUGGUGGCCUUACCCAGCAUGGGGCGCGACUACAGUACCACCUCCUGUAUCGACCGCGCCAAGUUCAUCUGCGACAACCCUGGCUCCAUCUCUGGUCACCAUCUCCGCAACUGGUUCUUCCUUGUCAUCUGCUGUUCAUCCUGUUGCGACAAGUGCAACCUCGACCACCUCAUCAGUUUCGACAAUCAGGAUCACGGCGCUCCCACCUUCGAACGGCACAUCUUCGCAGAAAUCCUCUGUUUACACGCACUCGGGGUUCGACAUAGCGUAUCUGGCUCCCCUGUUUGCUGUACUAGCGGCCAUAGCUGGUGCUCUGUUCACAUGGUCCUUGCUCCGCUGGCAAGCACGGCGCCGUGACAAGGAAGGGCUUGGGUCGUCGGGCUUGCACACUGGUCCGCGGUACGCUCCUCCCGGGUUGUCCGAGGGUGUGCCGCAAGGCAGUAGCAAUUCUGAGUCUACCGCCAACGAGAGCUCAAACCUUUUGCACGGACGCACGGAUUCCAAGAAAGGCGGCUGGGUCGCGCGCGCUUUCUCCCGCUCGAGCCGCCAGUCUCAGGCUAUGCCAGGGUCCGCCCCGAUCACCCCGGUCACUGCUGUUGGACGUCAACGCUCUGCACGCGUUCCCAACACGCCGAUGAACAAUGCAUACUCUGCGGUCGAUGAUGACCAUAUCGAGGACUCAGGGGCUAUGCUCGUGGACAGCCAUGAACGUCAACGCUCAGGGACGCGUUUGGAUGCUAGAGUUGCCUCGCCUGAACUGCUCAGCCCCGGUUCCGACGACGUCCCUUACGAAACGCUGCGACAGAAAUCUAUCAGGCGCGCGAUCAUCGAACGGCUGAAGUUCGGAACUCUACGUCGGCCCGCUAAAGUCAAGACGGAGGACAUUCUGACGUCGAAAGCGGUCGCGUGCAGAACUCGCCUAGGACACGGAGCCGAUCUGCGCUUCGCUGAACACGGUCGCCUGUUGGACACAAACCGCCUCGAGGAGGCGUCCGAAGUCGGCACGCCUGCGCACGAGAACCCUGCCUGGAAAUGGAUCGCCUCCUGGUCACCCUCGCCGUCGAUUCGCACCGAGGACUCUUACACUGCCCUACCUGUGAGAAGGAGCCCGACGAAGAGAGCGGGCCCUGUCGCUGCCACGCCUAGUCUCCCACGCACAGAUGAGUAUCCUUCAGUCGCGCCUGCCUUGAGUAGGGUCGACUCGUCCAUCCUGCCGUCCAGCCCUCCGCAAGUGAUGUCGCCGCCGCUGCACUCGAAGCUAUUCUUCAGCGACUUCGGGUCGCCGCCAUCCCUAGACCUGCAUGUGCCCAAGGAGCAUCACAGCACGGCUAGAUGGCCAGCAUCGACUCCGGAAAGGCGUCGCCUCCUCCCAUACCGCGGGAAGCUCAAGAAGUACCACGCUGUCCCGAUGAGUCCUCCCAUGCCGUCGUCCCCUAAAGUGGUCGCUCUCUACCAUCCCCAGCACGUCCUAGACUUCCCUGCAAGCCCGGCUCUCGAUCAGAGGGUCUACGCGGAAAUGCUCAUCAGUCGACAGUCAGCGCUCGACAAGGUGGGCGAAAUUGUCUCUCGUGGCCUCAGCCAGAGGGAUCUCGCGAACGUCCCCGGGAACAGUGAUCGCAAGGUGGAGCCACUACCUGGUCUCACUGAAGAUCGCGUUGCUGGGAUGGACACUCGUGAUGGUGUUUCGGCUGCGACGGGCCAUGGCAUUGAGCAGAGACUAGGGCUGUUGAGAGCAUCAGAGUCCGCAAGUAUCGACCUGCAGUGA